CCCUAGCUAUGACUCUUACGACCGCAACCGGGACCGCCGCCGUGAUCGCCGCCGAUCAACUUCACCUGAGCGUAGAAGCCCUAGGCCUACCGCCUACAACGACGGACUUCCUAACGGCGACGUCCUACCGAAGAAAUUCGGCCGUCGUAGCGGCGGCUCGUACCUAGACCGUGACCGCCGCCCGGAUUCUGAUUCUGACGAGGAGCUGAAAGGAUUGAGCUUCGAGGAGUACCGGAGGCUGAAGAGGCAGAAGAUGCGAAAGUCGCUGAAGCAUUGCAUCUGGAACGUCACGCCGAGCCCUCCUAGGCGCGAGAACGAACAAGAAUCGGAGGAAGAAAGAGCUGAAGAGAUCACUGUGAAAUUUGGUGUUGAAAAAGGCGAUUCGAGCGACAAGGAGGUUAAACCUAGCGAAAAAUCCAAAUCUGAACCAAAAUCGGAGAAAUUUUCCGAGUCGGAAGCUGAAUCAGAUGACUCGCGUUCGAGGAAAAAGAGGAGGAGGGUUUCUGGUUUGAAACGCAGGAGAAGAUCGAAUAGCGAUAGUGAAUCCGAGGAAAAUGAAUCCGAUUCAGAGGAUAGUGAAUCUGAAUCAGACGAUUCAAUUUCAAGGAGGAAGAGAAAAAGAAGUUCAAAAUCGAAGCAUAGGAGAAGGAGAGAGUCUAAUAAUGAUAGUGAAUCAGAGGGAAGUGAUGCUGAAGAAGAGGAGCGCAAAAGUAGGAGGGGUAAGAGGAAGAGUGGUAAGACCAGAGGGAACAGAAAGAAGAGAAGGUAUAGUGAUUCUGAUGAGAGUGAAGAGAGCGAAAGCCAUGAUUCUGCUUCUGAUUCUGACGACAGCGGAAGGAGAAAGAGGAAGCAUUCUUCGCGGUCGAAGAGAAGCAGAAGAGAAAGAAGAAAACGAAGAAGUAGAAAAUCUGAAUCAGAAAAAGAGGUUUCUGAAUCAGAAGAGGAAAAGGGUUUUGGUGAUGCAAAAAACAAAGCAGUAGUUGAAGAGGUGAUGAAAACAGAGGUGGAUCCCGAGGCUUUGAAAUUGAAGGAACUAUUUGAAUCUCAGAAGAAACCGGCUUUAGAUAAUGAACCCGCUGUAGGGCCAAUGCCUUUGCCAAGGGCAGAGGGUCAUAUAAGUUAUGGGGGAGCCCUUAGGCCCGGUGAAGGUGAUGCAAUUGCACAGUAUGUUCAGCAAGGGAAGCGUAUCCCACGAAGAGGUGAAGUGGGUCUUUCUGCAGAGGAGAUUCAGAAGUUUGAGACCCUUGGUUAUGUGAUGAGUGGUAGCAGGCAUCAGAGGAUGAAUGCCAUUCGUAUUAGGAAGGAAAACCAGGUUUAUAGUGCCGAGGACAAGCGUGCUUUGGCUAUGUUUAACUACGAGGAGAAGGCCAAGAGGGAGCACAAGGUUAUGGCUGAUCUGCAGCGGCUCGUGCAGCGCCACAUUGGGCAGGAUGUUGGCCCAACUCAUGACCCUUUCGCUGCAAAAACCUCGGAUGGUGCUGAUGCUUGAUUUCUUUCAUGCAUGCGAAUGAGCAUAACAUGUUUAACUAAGGUCACUACUCUCUUUCCAUACCAUCAGUUGCAACAGCAAAGCUGCAUCCGGGUACUACCAGAAUACCAGUGUAUCAUCAAAUUCAUGAUUUUGCUGAGUUUCGAGUUGUUGGACCUUGGUGAGUGGCAUGUCUGUUGUUUUCUUUGAAAUUGGCAGGAUUGAGAAAUGCUUGUAAUGGGUAUGGAAAAAUUUUGAUGAGUAAUUAUUACCUACCCUUGAUUGUCAGAUGUUACAUUGAAAAGAAUGACAUGACUAAUUAACUUUGUAAUGAAAACAUGGUAUAAGAAAACUUGUGAAAAUGUUAAAGUAGCAUUUGAGAGUGAGAUUUGUUAACCAAAGUAUUUCAACCUAAUAAGAUGGUAGCUUAUAUUGCCAAA